AUGGAACGAGAACAAGAUACCGGAAUCUAUAUUCUUGUUGUCGGGGGGGGCAUUGCGGGUUUAACCUUCGCUAUUGAGGCUCACCGGAAGGGUCACAAUGUUCAGGUUAUCGAACGACGACUCCGUGGAGAGACUGCGGGCGAAAUGAUUAUUAUUACAAGCCCUGCCCUCCAGACCCCGAAGAAAUGGCCGGGCUUUAUGGAACGUGCGAGGCAAGAAGCAGUUGCUCCGGUGCUCACUAUGAAAAAGUUCGACGGUACGCUGAUCGGAACCUUCCCCAUCGGUAAUCCAGACGACCCAUCUCUAGCCAUCUACCGAUCGAAGCUGCAUAAUGUGCUCUACGAGUACGCUGAACAGCUCGGUAUCCCAAUCGAGUUCUCUGCGACAGCUUCAGAAUUCUUCGAAACAGACGACCAUGGGGGUGUGGUUCUGUCUGAUGGGCGCCGUCUCACGGCAGACAUAGUGGUGGCGGCCGAUGGAGUUGGCACCAAAUCAUGGGCAUUGGUCGUUGGCAGCAAAGAGCCCCCCCCAUCAGCUCCGGAUUCGUGCUUUAUCGAGUCACAUUUCCUGUGGCACCGGCCCUCGAAAAUCCAAUCCUUGCAGCAGAGCUUGAAGGAUUCAAAGACCGUGCAUUCCUACACGCCGGAGGAUGACGAUAAUACCGAAGAAGACUGGGCGAAGACUACAUCGAUCGACAAGGCCAUCAAGGCUGUCGAUGGCUGGGAGCCGUUCGUGACCGAGCUUAUCAAGGCAACACCCAAUCAUACCGUUCUUGACUGGAAGCUUAUGUGGCGUAACCCUCAACCGCGAUGGGCUUCACCUGGCGGCCGCGUCGUCCAGAUCGGUGACGCCGCACAUCCAUUUCUGCCGACCUCGGCGAGUGGCGGGACUAUGGCCAUGGAGGAUGCUUAUUCUCUGGCAGCGUGUUUGCAUAUUGCUGGGAAGAAGCACGUGUCUCUGGCAACGAAAGUGCAUAACCACCUGAGGUUUGAGCGAGUCUCUUGCGCACAGAAAAUGGGAUUCAAGAAUCGCGAGAUAUUCCACAACACCGACUGGGAUGCCGUCGCCAAGAACCCUAAAAUAAUGGGCAAAAUGGUUGGAGAUUGGCUGGUACACCAUGACUCGGAGCAGUAUGCAUAUGAGAAUUACGCCAAGUGUGCGGAGCACCUCCUCAAGAGUACGCCAUUUAAGAACACGAAUUCUGUACCUGGCUAUACGUACAAGCCAUGGACUGUUAAGGAGCUUCUGAACGCUUCGGAAAGUGGUGAACUCGUUGAAGAUGAAGGAGACUGGUCCUAA